GUCAUCCACGUGUUUGGCACGGCAGUCGUUUGUCGUUUUAUUUUGAGGCGCAUCGUUGGUACGCGCAGAGCGGAAUGUCUUCCACGUUUGGUGAGACUACCAAGAAUAUCUACUCAACGCUGCUGACCGAGUGCCACCUAGAAGGGCUCAAACAGGAACUCUACCUUCGGGAACGAAUUGUGGUCUACAUUCAGCGGACGGAGCUUUGGAACCGAAUCAAGCAGUAUUGUUUGGAGUUUCACGAGCGUUUUGUGGAAAGCGGGUACAAUCCGGAUUUGCUGCUGGGUCCGCUGAUUUUGACGCUGAACAUCGAUUACGCAGCGCUGAAGAAGUUUGACAUCAGCCUGCUGGACGAUUUCGUCCGGGAACCGAUCUACUACGAGAAGGCCUUUCGGGAGGUCAUUCUCAGUAUUGCCAAUUCGUUCUUCGAGCAGUUGGAGCGAUCAUUUCGGAUUCGGCUGGAGCAGCUGUACUGUCGGUUGAGGACAAAGUUGCCUCUGGAGGAACGGUAUCUCUUCCGAACGCAACCGAACAACGUGUCCAUCGGAUUGACUGCGUUUCGGUGCGUUGUGCAGGGGUUCAGCUCGGUGCAGAAGUACAUUCUCCAAUCCGUGUGGCUGUGCGCCGGCGAUCCCCAACGCGUAGCCAUCACCGGAGAAAUCAAGCGUGCGCCCAAGUGCGAAGACUGCGGAAAUCUUAUGCAAGAACACCAACGGGUCCGGGCCGUAUCGGACUUUUGCACCGUUCGAGCAUUCAGCACCGACAGCCUGCGAACGCGGACAACCGUUGGACGUAUCUAUCAGAGCGUUCUGGUACGACUGGCGGACGACCUGUGUGAACCGCUGAAGCUUGGCUACGAGUACGUGAUUACCGGAGUGUUCAAUCCGCUGAAUCAGUUCUUUGACGCGUGGGCUUUCGAGGAACUUUAG